UAGAUUUUUAAGUCACAUGGUUUUGUUUACUGUCACCCGUGCCUAGGUUAACUUAGCUAACAACUAUAUAUCUGCUAAAUGUAACAUUUAUUUCGAUAUGAAAGUAAUUCUACAAAGCUAUUAGGUAUAUUAUUUCGCGCUGUCUACGUCAGAGUAACCUUAAAUCUUUCUUCUCAGUCUCAUCCGUGGAGAGAUAGCGGUAGCUAAGCUAGCUACCAACCCGCGAGUUAUAACGUUAACAUUACUUAGAUAUAAGAGGAAGCUACCUAUAUGUUUAGAUGACUUAGACAUCUAAAUCUAACGUAGUAGAUAUGAGGGCUUUAAACUAUGUCCAGCGGGUUAGCUUGGAUUUCACAGGAACUCUUUUUCCACACGCUAUCUGUCUGGGUGAUGCAGACAACGACUCGCUGAAUGAGCUGGUUGUAGGAGACACCAGUGGGAAGCUCCUGGUGUACAAGAAUGACGACUCCAAACCUUGGAUCACAAGAACCUGUGUGGGCAUGCUGACCUGUGUUGCAGUUGCAGACGUCUGCAACAGAGGAAAGAACUUGGUGGUGGCUGUGGGUGCAGAGGGCUGGUUUCACCUCUUUGACCUGACAGCAGCCAGUGCAAGCAAAGCUGAUUCAUCCAGUCAGCAUGAAUUCCUGUCAUCUGAUGACCAGAAACCCUUCUUCACUCAGCAUAUUCCUGCCAACACCAAAGUCAUCCUUAUCAGUGAUAUUGAUGGUGAUGGACGCUGCGAGUUGGUGGUGGGCUACACAGACCGGGUGGUGCGAGCGUUCCGCUGGGAGGAGCCCUCUGACAGUUCAGACCUGGGAUCUGGGCAGCUGGUUCUGCUGAAGAAAUGGCUCUUGGAGGGUCAGGUUGACAGUCUGUCAGUGAACCCCGGUCCAGAGGGAUUACCAGAGUUGAUGGUUUCCCAGCCAGGCUGUGGCUAUGCUAUUCUGCUGUGUUCCUGGACACAACAAGACUCCAGCGGCUCUGGAGAAGACGGCCCUGCCACCCCCGGGAGUGAGGGCCCCUCCAGAGAUGUAGUUCUCCACCUGACCACUGGGCGGAUACACAACAAGAACGUUUCCACUCAUCUCAUUGGAAGCAUAAGCAAAGGCUCAAAAGAGGAAUCAUCUAAAUGUGGACUGUUCGCUCUGUGUACUUUAGAUGGGACCCUGAAGUUGAUGGACAGCUCUGAGCAGCUGUUGUGGUCUGUCCAGGUGGAUCAUCAGCUCUUUGCUCUGCAGAAGCUCGAUGUCACAGGUGACGGCAGAGAGGAGGUGGUAGCCUGCGCCUGGGACGGUCAAACCUACAUCAUCGACCACAAUAGGACAGUAGUGCGGUUCCAGUUCGAUGAGAAUGUCAAUGCCUUCUGUGCAGGUCAGUAUACAUAUAAGGAGGGUAAGAACAGCCCGUGCCUGGUGUAUGUCAGCUUCAGUCAGAAAAUCUACAUCUACUGGAAGGUGGGGCUAGAGCGUAUGGAGUCCACCAACCUGCUGCGGGUACUGGAGGAAAAACCUGAGUUUAAAAGCCACCUGAAGGUGCUGGGAGUUGACAAGGGGCCGACUCUGCCAUCCAGUUAUAACACUCAGGCUUUGACAUGAAUACCAGCAAGAAGAGAAGAGAAGAAUGAUCCCAAGAUGACAGUUUACUGCUAACAAGAUUCUGCUUGCUGGAAAGUUUUUAUGGCCUUUAUGCAAGAAUCACGGGUACAAACGUGAUCUCAGGUGGCACAUCAGAGCAGUUUAAGAGAACUUGUACAGGUACAAACAGAAUUCACAAGCCAAGGGCAACUGGUGUAUUUGUUUCAUUUCAUACAGUCUCCAGCGCUUCAUGUAACCGCCCGCUGCUGCUUUGCAAAAACUGAAAAUGAUCCACGCAGGAAAAAUGAAUUUCUGAUGAACUAUUAUGCUCACCAUAAACCUCGGUGGCAAAUACGUAGCAAUUUCUGCUUCACAGUAAAAGCCACCCCACCAGUUGAAUGAUUGGAACGUGAAGCAGCAACAGUAAGAAAUGUUGGUUUAACAUUACAAUAAAUUAGUCCAACUCUGAUAUAGUGUGGCUGAAAUCUAAAAGGCAGAGCUGGCUGUUUCAAACUGCACUUAUAUGAGCAAGAAUAUAAACAAUAAAUGAAUCAUAUUGAACCUGAAGUCAGUUUGCAACAGCGAGGAUCAAAUCAGUGAAUCCCUUCUUCUUAGAGGGGCGCUCUGAAUACGGCACAGCUAAAUAUGAAGCAGAUAAUAUAUAAAGAGAUAAAUGCAUAGCAGAAAUCCACUGAAUGGCUGUUGACCAGCUUUUGAAAAAAGGGACACUGACAUGUAGAUGAAAAGGACCAGGAGGAAACGGGUAGCCUCUAACGCAGCGCUGUCCUCUCUACAUCCAGCUGUAUAUAAAUCCAGUCUUAAACCAGUCCUGAAAAGACUCAAGUGUUUUAGAGGCUGUAGUCCAGCAGCAGACAGACUGCAGAAGCUGAGGACACUGCUCUCUGACUUCUUUUAUUUUUUAUCCUCAGCUCUUUGGAGAAGUGUAUUGUUGCAGUCCAGGGGCUCUCCACACACAAUGCACAAUGCUUAACCAAGACAGUAACUUGAAUGUGCACAGUGCUUACUUAUUUUCUGUUAAUUUUCUUUUUGACUCUCUAUUUGCAGUAGAACAUUAAUCUCGCCUGUGUUCACGUGCAGUUUCAGCCUUCAUGCAUGCCAUAUCUAAAAUUUUCAUGCAAGCCACAGACGAGGCUGUACUUUGUCUGCAUGACCAGCUAGUCAACCACUUGACAUCACAAAAUUAUUGUGAAAUGAGUGGAAACCUAUUUGUUUAGGAAGACUCACAAACACAUGAUUAGCAUGAUCUGCUGGAGCCUUAUGACUUCAGAUGAAAACUCAGGUUCCGGCUGUUUCUUUUGAGGCCCUGUGGUGGUGAAGCAUAGCUUCCUGCUGUCUGAUGAAAACGCAGGUUCUGGCUGUUUCUCUUGAGGCCCUGUGGUGGUGAAGCAUAGCUUCCUGCUGCCUGUGAUAAUAAUUCAACCUCUGGGCCUGUUGUGUUUCUUCUGACAAUGAUUUCACAGGUGCGUAACCUAAUGCACUGUGGAAAAUGUCUGACAUAGCAGCGUAGGGAGAGGAAAGAGAGAAGAGGGCAGACAACCGAGGUUUGACAAUAGUGUAAAAAUGUGUUUGAUUCAUAGAGUGUGGGGGACGGUCCACAGGAGAACAUACAUGUCAAAUCUUUGUUUACUAUGCAGGCUUUGUUUACCAGAGCGGCUUGACGUUCAUUUAAUUUCAUUUGUGGUUUUACUCAAACAUUUUAUUAUUAAACACUCAAAAUGACAAACAGAAGUAUAAAAGGAAAGGAGGAAAGGAAAGCUCUGCUGCAGGUGUUAGCUGCCUCGCCCUGACCUCCUCCAAAUGUCAGCAGCAGCUCUCAGGCUCUUCCCUGCUGUUCAUUCAUCUUAAUAUCCGCCCUUUAGCCAAAGGGUGGUUAUGUAGGGUCUGUCAGUUCUCCAUCACAGCGUGGGAAGGCUUCUAAAUAUGGACAGUUCUUCCUACACGGCCGUUGCCUGUUGACUUGUAUUUGAGGAUUUCAAUCACCAGCUAGUUUCCACUUAACAGAAUAGCAUGUUGCAGCCAGAGAUAAUGUUGAACAGAGCAAGUUAAGCGAUAUUUUGUUACACUGAGACAGAGACAGGUCUUGUAGGCAGUGGCUGAUUAUGAAAUGAGGCUUUUGUGAAUGAAAUAAAGAUCCAACCUUUCUAAUUUCAGUAGUUAGCUCAGUUAGUUUGUAGCUGUUUCACAGUUAAUAUUUAAUAUUACCCUGCAUAAAAGCCAGUUUUUCUUUUUUGGAAACCUGCAUUUUUUGGGAGACUCUCGAAGGACCGCAACAUGCAAACAGUCAGACGAAGGCAGCCCAGGAAGGUGGUCAGCGUUAGCUUCUUAACCAGACUCCAAUCUUACCCUCACCCUAACCAGUUACCUCUGUUUAAACCCGAGCUGCACUUUGUAACAGUCCUUCUAUAGUCUUGUGCAUUGUGCAUGUUUGUGUUAACUUGCUAGAGACUUCAGGAAAGGGGCUGAUUGUUGCCUUUUAUAUUAAGUCUCUGAAAUGCUUCAGCGAGGCUAAAUUUGCAUGUAAGUAUAGGGAUAGAGCUUACAAAUAGACUCCUCAGUGUUAAACCAUUGGAAGCAGCCGUUUGUUGUAGGAAGGCAGAGCAAGACACACUGGUGUGUGUAAGUGGACUGUUGCCAGUGGUUUAUGAAGAAGACUACGAGUCUACGGCCAUUCCAGCAGCUCUGUUAGACUGCAUUUAGAUGCAGCAGCACUUUGAGCAUCAGCAUGCUAACGCAGUUAUAUUCAAAAUCUUAGCUUUUAGCAUUGUCAUUAGUUUUGCAUAUUUUAUCAUAAACCAAAAUAUAAUUGACAAAUAGAAAUGAUGAUGGUACUAAAUGAAGUUAGAGGAUCAGUUCAUCCCUGAAUGUGAACCUCAUGGUGGCACUAGAGGAAAAGUGAGUGUAAAUGUUUGUAUAAAAUAGAUAUUUCGGUCUAGACCAGUGUAGACCAGAUAAUCGGUCCUUAGGGCAUGACUGGAAAGAAAUGUGGGAGCAUUUGUGAGUGCUCCUCCUGUACUUAUAUGUGGCAAUAGUUUGACUUCCUGAUCUUUGACAACACUUGAUCACUUUAUCCUAAUUAUAUGAUUUUUACUGGAUUAAGCUAAGAUAAUAAAAGCCUAGAUAUUUGACAGGGGAAAGCCAGUAGUUUGGUUUCUUAAAUCAGUCCAGUGUGCUGAAGAAUUGGUUUUCACUAUUUAGAAAGCACUCGUGAUAUGUAUGUGGUCACACUCUGGGUGUCCCUAUUGGUCAUUUGUACAUCUGUAUUUUC